UGGCACCAUAGUAAAUGGUAGUCGAAUGCAAUGUGAAAUUUUGAUAUCAAUCGAAGGAUGCCAGGUGAUUGGAAUAAUUAUUAGGAGUUUAGGCGGUUGAAGCUGGUGAAGAGAUGCAAGCCGGCAUCUGGUGAACAUGCGCCUGGGGCUUCAUAUUUUGGGCACAUGUUCGAAUUGGAUCACAUUUUAUGGCGAUGUGCUGUGUAGUAGGAGUGGAGCGUGAGUCGGCCAGCGUGACAGGGAUUUGCGACAGGCUGGACUGAACUGGAGGCGGUAGCUCAACGAUGUCCGCGGCGUCACGGCCACUGACCGGAACCCAUAUACUGAGUGAGAAUGAGGUCGGUAUUCGUCAAAACUAUAUCGUUCCAGUCCAGCUAAUCACUAGUAUCCGCUUCAUCUACAUUCUCCAGUCACUAGUGACUAACGGACGCAGCACUUGUUUAUUAAGUGCUUUCGGCCACAUGUUCCAAUCCGACCCAUCAGAAAGUGUCCCGUUUCAUCAUAUGGAAAUAUCGAAUAGGAUUGUCAAAAAAUCGGUCAGCGAUAGAUUACCUGCUCGCAUGUUAUAUUUCUUAGCGAAUCAUCAUGCACUUUCAACUAAUAGAAGGGAUCACUGUUACCGACCAGACUGCAUACUGGAGGCAACCACCGAAGCGUAUACGGGAAGAUAUGUACAAAAUGGUACGGGACACCAGCUAUGGUAAACGAUGCUGGGUCAUUAGGCCGAAGGCCGUUAGGCCGAAGGUCAUUAGGCC